CAGUUUGCUUUACUGGCAACGGUGUCCUUAAGCCAAGAUGGUGACUUAUUAGAAAGACUUGGACUUGUUUUUUGUGUGUUUCCUGCGAUAGUUUUAUCCCACUCUACAGGAAAUACAAUCCGAGCUUCUAAUCUUACCAAUUUUGAGCCAUAGAUUUAGAGUGACAUUCUAAAGGUUGCAGCCUACUUGUUAUCAUAGAAAAAAUCUUCUUCCUGUGAUUCGGGAACGCGUUUUAUAUUCCAUGUAACAUUUUGGAAUAUGUUGGUUUUCAGUUCCUGGUCUGAUUAUGGCAUUUAAGAAUAUUGAGAACACCAGUACAUUUUAGUGACUGGUGCAGUACUGAUCAGCAGCAAAUUUCUACACCCUGGUUUGCGUGAAAUGGCAGAAAGUGUUGUGGCAGCAGCAACAACCAGCUCUGGCAGCUCAAGCUCUAGGAACAAUAAUCAACCCCUUUUUCAUCAGCUUAAUCUCUCAGUUCUAAAGGCCACAGUUGAUCCUGUUUGCGUAACAAAAAAGCCUUCACCAUAUGUUGAAGUAUUGGUUGAUGGGAAAGUGGUUCGGAAAACUGAGGCUGUUAAGAACUCCCAUGAGGCUACCUGGUCUAAUGAGACUUUUACUGUGCUUGUAACAAUUACAUCUAAAUGUCUAUUGAGGCUUUACAGUCAUUCAACCUUCAAGCGAGAUUUAGUCCUAGGUGAAGGAAGGAUAGACAUCCAUAAACAAUUAAUGCGAGAACAAGGAAAAUUUGACAAAACAAACCUUGUUCUUGACAUAAAGGGGGAAGUGAAAAAUGGCAUAAAUGCCGUGUCGCCUACACCAGUUGCUAAUGGACGCAAUACCAGAGUGAAAAUAGGAGAAGUCUUUAUCGUAAUGGAUGGAAUGAGAGUAGACCCUAAAUUGUUAACAAGUAGCCGAAGCGUGGCGAGGGUGAACGGCGAGGCUGGUGAGUCCAGCUCCACAGCCGAGAUUCGGACGAACGGUGUCGCAGUGGCCCCUACCACGAGUAAUAAUUCGGCCAUAAACGAAAACGGUGGUGGAGCCCGUCCUCGUACCCGAUCGAAUGAUGUGGAAACUGCCCCCAUUCCAGCACCAACCAGUGCUCCAUCGAGGACACCCAACGGAACUCCGCAGCAAACGCCAUUAAGGACCCCAAACGGUACAGCAGCACCCGCUCCUAGGACCGAAACUACUCCAGCGCCACCGGCAUCAGCAGCUGCGCCGGUAGCUGCACCACCUGGUCCAGAAGAACCUCUUCCACCAGGUUGGGAAGUUCGCUACGAUAAAUACAGCCGGCGCUAUUAUGUCGAUCAUAACACGCGGAGUACUACAUGGGAGCGCCCUCAACCUCUUCCAGCUGGAUGGGAAAUGAGGCGAGAUCCACGGGGUCGGGUGUAUUAUGUUGACCACAACACGCGUUCAACGACGUGGCAAAGGCCGAACGUGGAACGCCUGCAACACUACGAACAAUGGCAAGGCCAAAGAGCGCAUGUCGUCCAACAGUGUAGCCAGAGAUUCCUAUUCCCACAGGGAGGUGGAGUCAGCACCGGAACGGCGGUAGUGACGGGUACGGAAGAGAGUGAUCCGCUUGGACCUUUGCCCGAAGGCUGGGAGAAACGAGUAGAACCGAAUGGCAGGGUCUAUUUCGUCAACCACAAGAAUCGCACCACGCAAUGGGAGGAUCCCAGAACACAGGGAAUGAACCAGGAAGAUCCUUUGCCACCAGGAUGGGAAAUGCGAAUCACCGACGAUGCUGUUCAUUAUUUUGUCGAUCACAAUACCCGAACAACCACCUUCCAAGAUCCUAGACCAGGCGCAACCAAAGGUCCGAAAGGUGCCUACGGCGUUCCGAUUGCGUACGAGCGCUCAUUCCGCUGGAAGCUAUCUCAAUUCCGCUAUCUGUGUCAGAGCAAUGCCUUACCAUCACACAUCAAGAUCACUCUCAACCGGUCUACGUUGUUUGAAGAUUCGCAUCACCAGAUUAUGCGCCUGCCAGCGUAUGAACUGCGUCGGCGGUUGUACGUCAUAUUUCGAGGCGAGGAAGGCCUCGAUUACGGAGGCGUGGCAAGGGAAUGGUUUCUCUUGCUAUCCCACGAAGUGCUAAACCCCAUGUACUGCCUGUUUGAAUAUGCAAACAAGAACAACUACAGCCUUCAAAUAAACCCAGCUUCCCAUGUCAAUCCAGACCAUUUGCACUAUUUCAAGUUCAUCGGUCGAUUUAUCGCCAUGGCUCUGUAUCACGGCCGAUUCAUUUAUUCGGCCUUCACGUUGCCGUUCUACAAGCGGAUGUUGGAUAAGAAACUGACUACCAAAGACAUUGAGUCUGUAGACCCUGAAUUCUACAAUUCGCUGUUGUGGGUCAAGGACAACAAUUUGGAGGAAUGCGGAUUGGAACUUUACUUUUCGGCCGAUUUCGAGGUGCUCGGACAGUUGACUCACCACGAAUUGAAGCCUGGCGGCGAUAACAUCCGCGUCAACGAAGAAAACAAGGAAGAAUACCUCAGGUUGAUGACGGAUUGGAGAAUGAACCGAGGAAUCGAAGAGCAAACGAAAGCCUUUUUGGAUGGUUUCAAUGAAGUCGUUCCGCUCGAAUGGCUUCACUACUUUGACGAGCGCGAGCUGGAGCUCAUGUUGUGCGGCAUGCAGGAGAUCGACAUUGACGACUGGCAGCGAAACACGGUUUACCGCCACUACACCCGCAACUCGAAGCAGGUUCAAUGGUUCUGGCAGUUUGUACGCGCCAUGGAUAACGAAAAACGCGCCCGUUUGUUGCAGUUUGUCUGUGGUACUUGCAAAGUGCCUGUCGGGGGAUUCGCCGAACUCAUGGGGAGCAAUGGACCUCAGCGUUUCUGCAUUGAGAAAGUGGGCAAAGAAACGUGGCUGCCACGCUCGCACACCUGCUUCAACCGACUGGACUUGCCACCCUACAAGAGUUACGAGCAACUCGUAGAGAAGAUGACGUUUGCGAUCGAGGAAACUGAAGGCUUCGGCCAAGAGUAAGAUUGAGAAGAAGAUAAAAAGAAAACUAAGCUAAGCAAACAACAAAUAAGGGAGAAAUUUGUAACGAAUAAAAUAUCAGAAAGGUAGGAGAAAAUUGGUGGAAGAAUAGGCUGACCUUUUUCCUUUAAUUGUACAAUAGAUUGUGCAUAUAAGUACCAUAUAGAUGCCAGUACUUUUCUUUUUCACAUUAGUACCUUUCCAUCGGCCUCCUUUGUUUUUCCACCCCCGAUUCCCUUUUUACUAUAUAAUAAUUUCUUUUUGCGUAUCAGUGCGUCGACUCAUUUAUUAUUUUUUUUUUUGUAAAACGGCGUUUAUUCUUUGCGAGUGUGCGAUCAGAACUGAGUGCGUGUGUUUUGGUGUUCUAUCAAUAACGAUGUGUUGGUUGUUUACGUCCCACGUUAGCAACCCCAUUUUUAGAUUUAAAACAAAACAAAAAAAAGAAAAAGAAACAAAAAAAAAAUCGAUAGAGUUUAUUAUUAACUUUUUUUGUGGGAGGAGGGUGUGUGUUUUCACGCGUUUCCGUCAUGUAUAAUCCCCAACAGCCGAGACGACGCUGGACGUAUUUUAUGUCCGUUCGACUUUAUUUCUAUCAUUCUGAAUGAUGUACUAUUUUCUGUUGAAUUUUUUUAAAAUUUGCAUAUCGCACUGAGUGAAUAAAAAAUAAACUUCUACCAUAAGCGAA